AUGGCUGGACGCGUCUUCGAGAUCCCGGUCGAGAAAUUUAUGGACGAGUUCAUUCCUGGACCUAAUCUCACCUCGUCUAAGAGAGAGAGGGGCAAGUGGAAGAGUAAAUUCAGAGAUCUGGAACUGAUUACGAAGGAAUCACAAAUGUACCCUGGUUUCUGCGCAGCUGUGAACUUGGUGUUGGGCAAGGUCGAGGGCAACCGUCUCGUCGCGCGCGACACGGCAGACUGGGGUGACAAGACCGAAAAUGGGGCGAAACUGAUGGGCCUCGGUUCUGUGGCGCGACCAAGCGUGUCGAUCUAUCCAAAUCCGCCCGACGCGGUUAGGGACUACGAGCUCACCGCCGUGGAUGUCGAGGGGAGCAAGUGCGCGAAGGCUCGACAUAGACAUCUGGCCAGGGUCUGCUGGCAGCGCCUGUGCAUCCCAAUCGAGCUCAAGACUGAUCACACGUUGUCAGCGUUCGAGUUUCUGAAACCCGAGAAGGAAUCGCCUGUCCGGAGCGAGAAAGCGAUGGGCCGAGUUGCGGAUUGCGCAUCGAAGAUUCUCCUUGCCCAGCACCGGGAAUUCUGCCUUGUGGUCUAUGUCUUCAAAUCUCUUGUGCGGUUGGUGCGGUGGGACCGGGUCGGGGCGAUCGUGUCGGAGCCAUUCAAUUACGUGACGGGUGGCACAUUGCAGACGUUCAUCUACAGAGUGGGCCACAUGUCGGAUGCUGAACUCGGAUAUGAUCCAACUGUUGUUGCUGCUAUGCCGGCGGAGAUUCAGCUCAUGGAGAACUGCAGAGGAAGGUUGAACGACCACCACAAGCAGUGUCUGGACGAGGCAAUGUCGCCAAAGUGGCCUAUAUACAAGGUCGCAUUUUAUGUCAAGGACCUCGUGGAUAGUGAGGCCCUGCGCAAGGAUGCUAGAUCUGCAGGCCAAUCAGUGCCCACUUCCAAUUCUACUCCUCAUGCAUCCCUCGAUGAUGGCACCACGCUUCCCAUAGAUGCUUCCAAUCCCUCUCUUCACUCGGAUGACACGUCCAUAUCGGAGCCUGUACGAUAUUUCCUCAUCGGUCGCCCACGAUUUGCGGCGCACUCACCUACGGGCCGUGCUACACGAGGAUAUGUGGCCUACGACAUGGAAACAGAGAGGUUGGCGUUCUUGAAGGACACGUGGCGGCCCGACUCGUCGAAGAUACAUCCGGAACGUGAGGUAUACGAACGUCUGUACAAGCAUGACGUCUCGCACAUUGCGACUCUUCUGUGUGGUGGUGACGUCGGUCCAACUUCCGAUGAACCCCAACGGACCUGCACCCAAGAAUUCGACGAGUCGAAGUCGCUGCUGGGUCGGAUCCAUUAUCGCGUGGUAGUGAAGGAAGUUGGCCGUCCUUUGGAUGAUCACGAAAACUCUCGGGAGAUGCUUUAUGUGAUCUUCGACGCCCUCACAGCUCACCGUGAAGCCUGGGAGCGCGCGGAGGUACUACAUCGUGACAUCAGCAUUGGCAACAUUCUGAUCGACGAAGACCCUGACAAUCCAGGUUACCACGGUGCUGUCCCCAAGGUCAUCAAGGGGUUUCUGAACGACUGGGACCUCUGCAAGUACAAGGAUGAGUUGGAUAGUGAGCCUACCCAGAAGUCGCGUUCGGGAACGUGGCAAUUCAUGUCAGCAUUACUACUUCAAUUCCCGAGAAAACGCUACGAAGUUUCGGACGAUCUGGAGUCGUUUAUGCACGUUGUGAACUGGCUGGCCCUGAAAUGGUACCGGCACCGUCUCCGUGCAGGAAUAACGCUGCAGCAACAUACGGCUGAUACUUAUGAUCACUGGGCCCGUGUUGAUGGCUACGAUCUGGGUGGGCACGAAAAACUCCAACAGAUACGGAUCGGCGAAGUACCUUUUAUAUUGUCCGUCAAGGGUGGGCUCAGCAGCCUUCUCGAGAAGCUCAUGGAGCUUUGCCAUGAGCAUUACAAGACUAUCGAUAUGGUCGCUUUGAAGCUCGGAAGGGCCGAAUCUGAAGAGCCCGAGGAAGAUCUACCCGAGCUACUGGAUGAAACAUUUGCCAUACAUCCAGCGCAGUUGCGACGGAUGGUCGCUGUACUUGCCGGACCAGAGACCGGCAGAGACCCGGCACGUGACUUCCAUACUACCCAGGUUCCUCGACCAACUUUGUCGAGUCACAGUCUGAUCAUGGAUGCUUUUGCCGAAGUUCUCUCUGGCGAACGUCAUCAAUGGCGGCAAGACAAAGUCGAGAACCGUUCACUCGGUGCUACGUGA